CCACGACACUUUGAUUUGCUGUCUAAGACCCAUUUUGUGAAUAUUCAACUGGUAAACGUCAUACAUAACGAUGAGAUUAGGCAUCUACAGAAGUAACUCAGCUUGUCUGUAAACAUCCUACGCUCCAAAAAAAUUGACAUCUAAUACAUAGUAUUGGUCUUGUCUGAAGGAAGACUUAACAGAGAGGGAUGGUCAGUAUGGGAUUGUAAACAGGAGGUCAGAGAGGACGAGUGUGUUACUUAUACCCACCAGAACGCAGGGAAGCAUGGUGAGAAGCAACAGGAGGUCUGUCCGCUUGGCAGGCUGGCAGCUCCACGAGAUGGAGACAUGUGCUCCUGCUAUUAUGGUUGAAGUCAGUGGCCAUGAGAUCAUCUAUAGACUGGGAGAAGGCAGUGUGGACAAGUGCCUCAGGGCACAGGCUCUCUAGGGGAACAUGAAUUCAUGUUCCCCAAUCUUUCCAACUACCAUGCAGGGAAGAUAUUAAAAUGAACUUUCCCCAGACAAGAAAACAGGCUCGGUGAAGUUAUACUCGGGCAAGUCAAAGAGGGGUAGAGAUAGGCGUACGCCCAGCCUGGCUUCAGAACGCUCUUGGCAACGUUGCUCUGUCUCCUAAUAGUCUUAGCGUCCCUGGGAUGCUGCCAUUUGUUUUCUUUUCUGAUGGAGAGCUGAUUGUGAAGUUGGGUUCACAUGGGUGACUUGAAUUCCAGGGAGUCAGACAGUGUCACAGCUUCCUGCGGGGGAUUCCCCAUCUUUGAUGCCUUUGACUCCCAGUCCCGAGGGACACUCAUCUCCCUGGCAGCCGGGAUUGCUUACCACCUGCAGCGUGCUUUCGGAGGCGGCGGCUGGCACGGAGACCAGGCUACAUGAGAAGCUCGACAGGGCCCAGGAUCGGGUUCCUUUCCCCAGCAGUGGGCACACUGUUCCGGGUCCCGGGAGGGGUGUCUGGCGAGGAGUCCCACCAUUCGGAGUCCAGAACUAGACAGUGUGGCUUUGACCCGAGAGGCCUCUUGGUUGGGAGCCCUGUUUCCAAGAGCACAGCAGCCCCUGCUGUGACCUCUGUGAGAGGAACCUCAGCACACUUUGGGAUUCAGCUCAGAGGUGGCACCAGAUUGCCUGACAGACUAAGCAGGCCAUGUAGCCCUGGGAAUGCUGGGUGGCAGCAAGAGUUUUCAGCCAUGGACAGUUCUGGGACCCCGGACGCCAGCUGGGACGCAGCCUACAGUGAAGGAGCAAGCAGUACCCAGGCAGCAGGCUCUCUGCCAUCAGCGGAGUUGAGUAGCUGCAGCCCUGGCUGUGGCCCUGAGGCCCCCGCAGCCCCCCCUGGCUGUCACAGUGCCUUUGCCUCAAGCUUUAGCUUUAUUCGGCUCUCGCUUGGUUCUGCCGGGGAACGUGGAGAAGCAGAAGGCUGCCCACCAUCCAGAGAGACCGAGUCCCCUUGCCAGAGCACCCGGGAAAUGGGAGCCAAAGCUGCCAGCUUGAAUGAGCCUCACGAAGACCUUCGAUGUCUCCCUCGGCCCUUCAGUCUCUUGGCUCCACGGGUCUUGGCAGACUCGGCGCAGGCCGCAGGGAACAGCUCCAGGCCAGAACGUGAGAUGCAUUCUUUAUGGGAUGUGGAUCUUGGCUCCUCCAGUUCUCUGGAUCCCUCAUUGGCUGGCUGUGGUGGUGAUGGGAGCAGCGACUUGGGGGAUGCCCACUCUUGGGACGCCCUGCUCAGGAAAUGGGAGCCAGCGCUGCAGGACUGCCUGCUGAGAAACCGGAGGCAGGUGAAGGUAAUAUCCUUAAGAUUAAAGCUUCAGAAACUUCAAGAAGAUGCAGUUGAGGAUGAUGAUUAUGAUAAAGCUGAGAUGUUAAAACAAAGAUUAGAAGACCUGGAACAAGAGACAAUCAGCCUGCACUUUCAGCUUCCUUCAAGGCAGCCAGCUCUAAGCAGCUUCCUGGGUCACCUGGCAGCACAAGUCCAGGCUGCCUUGCGCCGUGGGGCCACUGAGCAGGCCAGCGGAGAUGACACCCAGGCCCCACUCAGAAUGGAGCCCAGGCUGUUGGAACCCACUGCUCAGGACAACUUGCGCGUGUCCAUCACGAGACGAGAUUGGCUUCUUCAAGAAAAGCAGCAAUUACAGAAAGAAAUUGAAGCUCUCCAAGCAAGGAUGUCUGUGCUGGAAGCCAAAGAUCAACAGCUGAGAAGGGAAAUCGAGGAGCAAGAGCAGCAACUCCGGUGGCAGGGCUGUGACCUGACCCCGCUGGUGGGCCGGCUGCCCCUGGGUCAGCUGCAGGAGGUCAGCAAGGCCUUGCGGGACACCCUGGCCUCAGCCGGUCAGAUUCCCUUCCAUGCAGAGCCACCAGAAACCAUAAGGAGCCUCCAGGAAAGAAUAAAAUCCCUCAACUUGUCACUUCAAGAAAUCACUACCAAGGUGUGUAUGAGUGAGAAAUUCUGCAGCACCCUGAGAAAGAAAGUUAACGAUAUUGAAACCCAGCUACCAGCCUUGCUUGAAGCCAAAAUGCAUGCCAUAUCAGGAAACCAUUUCUGUACAGCUAAGGACCUCACCGAGGAGAUUAGAUCAUUAACAUCAGAGAGAGAAGGGCUGGAGGGACUCCUCAGCAAGCUGUUGGUGUUGAGUUCCAGGAAUGUCAAAAAGCUGGGGAGUGUUAAAGAAGAUUACGACAGACUGAGAAGAGAACUGGAGCGCCAGGAGACCGCCUAUGAAACAAGUGUGAAGGAAAACACUGUGAAGUACAUGGAAACGCUUGAGGAUAAGCUGUGCAGCUGCAAGUGUCCACUGCUUGGAAAAGUGUGGGAAGCUGACUUGGAAGCUUGUCGAUUGCUUAUCCAGAGCCUACAACUCCAGGAAGCCAGGGGCAGCCUGUCUGUAGAAGAUGAAGGGCAGAUGGAUGACCUAGUGGGAGCUGUCUGUUCAGCGGCUCCUCCCAUUCCCCCUAGGCUCCACUCCGAGGAUGAGAGGAAGACCCCUUUGCAGGCACUGGAAGAAUGGAAGACUCACCUGAUCCCCUCUCUGCACUGGGCUGGAGGCGAACAGAAAGAGGAAUCUUACAUCCUUUCUGCAGAACUUGGAGAAAAGUGUGAAGAUAUAGGCAAGAAGUUAUUGUACUUGGAAGAUCAACUUCACACAGCAAUCCACAGUGACGAUGAAGAUCUCAUUCAGUCUCUCAAGAGGGAGCUCCAGAUGGUGAAGGAAACUCUGCAGGCCAUGAUCCUGCAGCUCCAGCCAGCAAAGGAGGUGGGGGAAAGAGAAGCUGCAGCUUCCUGCAUGACAGCUGGUGUCCGGGAAGUGCAAGCCUGAGGAGUGACGGGAUGGGGGAGGGAGGUGGGCCACCACGUCAACAGUUUGGACCCGGGGGUCUACUCUCCCUUCCCACUGCAUAACUAAUGUGCCUGAAUCAAUUAUGGAGACACAGAGCCUUGAUGUCUUUCAGUGGAAAGGUGGUUCAUGUUCAUUCUUAUGAGUCUGAAACUGAGGAGUCUGCAAAUUGGAAUAUGGAGAGGGAGACUGAUUUGCUGAAUUUGCUUCUAAAUGUAAUUAAAAAAUUUCUUUUCCAUGUCAUUCAUGGGAAUGUCCUGCACAGGAUUCAAGAAUGUUUUCAUCUCAAUCCCCAUUAGAGAGAAGCUGGGGCGAAUUCUGGAAAAAAUAUCUCUUUUUUCUAUACCAUUUGCCUUCUGCUGUAACUAAAAUAUUUCCUGAUUCAAGAUUCUAUAAAAAGGAAACCAAGCAUAAGACUGUGUCAUCCUACCUGUUACACGUUCCUACAGGUGCACCAUCUAUGAGAGUUAAUUAACCUCAGAGUCUGGAAUUAACAGCUUUUCACCUUACUUCUCCUGUGAUCUAAUAUUAUCUUAGAAAAAUUAAUAUGCAACUUCCAAAAGAUAUUUUGGUAAGGCAGCAGCGUCUCAGUGAUAUGCCACCUUUCAGUUUUCCUUCGUGGCAAUGAUUACAUCUGAAGAAAGGAUCCUUGAGAGUCUCUGUUUCAUCAGGACAUUCUGAAAUUUACCUAUAGUGAGGCUGUGGAUGGAUCAGGAGACCUGCAUGAAAUAUUUGAGCCUGUUCUGUUUUCCCACGGAACCUGUUUCACUCAAUGCCAGGCAGUGCAGCAUUUAGGAAAGCAGUGCAGUACUCAGUAUGGCAGUGCAGUACUCAGUAAUACAGUACAGUACUCAGUUAGGCAAUGCAGUACUCAGGCAGUGCAGUAGUCAGUAAGGCAGUGCCGUACUCAGAAAUGUAGUGCAGUAUUCAGUAACACAGUGCAGUGCUCAAUAAGGCAGUGCAGGGCUCAGGCAGUGCAGUACUCAGUAACACAGUGCAGCACUCAGUAAUACAGUACAGUAUUCAGUAAGGUAGUGCAGUACUCAGUAACACCAUGCAGUGCUCAAUAAGGCAGUGCAGGGCUCAGUAAGGCAGUGCAGUACUCACUCAGUAGGACAGCACAGUUCUCAGUAACACAGUGCAGUACUCAAUAAGCCAAUGUAGUACUCAGUAAAUCAGUGCAGUAUUCAAUAAUGCAAGGGCAUUGCAGGCUCCUGCUGGGCUCUUCCUGCAGGCCCAGCUAGGACUCCUAUUGAGACAGCUGCAAAACAGGCUGAUUUCAAUUAGGCAGCACUUCCCAAAGUGCACUGAUGAAGGUGGCCCCAAGAGGUGCUCUCUGACCAAAGGAGUCCCCUCUCUGGUCAAGUACCUUUGGUAAGUACACCAUACCAUAAUAUCUGCUUGGAGAGCCACAACACACAUUAGCAUAUUAGUCUGUGAGAGAAGUUAUAAUAAGGAAAGCCACUUGAUUUUAUCUAACCUCAAACUUUCCAAGUUUAAUGGAGCAUGAAUUUUUUUUCAUGUAACUCCUAUCCAUAUCCCAUAGAUCUAGUAUUGGUCAGCACUGCACUCUCUGAGGAAGGCCUAGUCCAAACACUGAUUUACAUCACUUUAGAAACCACACUCAAACCUUUGCAGAGUGUUGAGCUAAAUAAUUACCUGCCACAGAUUGGUCAAUUUAAUCCAGUAAAUGUUCUGUUUGUGCUUCUGUCCUCAUUUAUAUGUUCAGGGAUAGUGAUGGUCCUGCCUUCACUAGGAUCCAUGGAUAUGAGGCCAUUUUGGUCAUUUCCUGAAGUCACACUGGCAUUUCCAGAAGGCAUCUGGUGCUUUGCUGAGCCUUCCAUGCUGUGCAGCACUUCUGUCCUCAGUCGAGGAGAUGGCCCUGCUUAAGCCAGCAAUUGGCUGGGGUUCAGGAAACGAAGCAAAAGCACAAUAUGUGAAUGUGCUGAUUGUGUUCCCUACGGCUUUAUCUCAAGCAAAAUACACUCUACAUAUUUUAAUAAUAAGCAUAAUUAGUUUGUUCCUGGACUUCAUUUUUCAAUGAUGAACCAAAUUCCUGAAUCAUUUAUAAUUGUGUUGAAAGAAAAUUAUGAACUAGUUGCAUGGCACUUGGAAUCCCUGAAUUAAUUCCAGUGAAGCAAAACUUGGGAAGAGUCAGGAUUGACCACGUUGCCAAUAACAAAUUUCUACUUUGACAUAUGUCUUUUUAAAAGCCUCCCAGACCCCAGACAUGUUAACAGUCACUAGCCCAAGUGUUUUGUAUUACUUAGACACCAUCAUGAAGUAAUUCUGUGAGGUCAUGGUAUAUUUGAAAAUUCUGCAAGUUAAUAACUGCUUUGAAUUAUUUGAACCCUAAAUAAGGGUUCUUUGGUACCUCCAGUAGAUAGUGUAUUCAUUUCCCUGCAGCAAAUUUUGAAGUAUUUGAGCAGGUGAGUAAUGUUUCAACCCCAUGCUGUAACUCAUCUGUUGUCUUUGCUUGGUCUUAGAGUAUCAUUCAGAAAGCCUGCUAAGAGCCAGAGUGCUGCUUCUGGCUACACAACCUUCUCAGGACAACCCCACUGUCUUAAGCCACUUUAACCCUGGAAGACCCAGGACCGUGUAUCCCCAACCAUAGUAUAAGGCAGGUUUUGUCAGGGCAACAUAAAAAUGUCUGAGAGAGGUUAGGACUUAGAUUUAAAAGCAUCAAAACAACAACAAUAAAAAUUUGUGUUGGAGAUAGCUAAGACCACAAGCAAAAGCACAUAUUGAAAAUGAUGAGUUAUAGUCUGAUUUGACUGGGAUGUGGUGUGAGAAAGUAAGUGAGAUAUUCUACUGCCCGCCUCGCUGGAAUGCUGGCUUUCAAAUGGUCACCCCUUUUUCUUUCACCUGCCUGAGUUAGGACAUGCUGUCUAGCAGGAACAGUCCCAGUUUCAUCCAACUUUCUGAAAUUUCCAAACUGAAUUGAUCCUUCUCCAAAUAGUAUGUAGCAUUGGAACCUCAUCUUUCCCUGCAGUAAGGCUGGUUUCCCCACCCCAGAAACAUGUAAGGGUUGGUACCAUGCUAAGCUUUUUACAGUCAUAUCCUAUAAUCCCCAUAUCAACCUUAUAAGGAAGGUGUUUGUGGAUGAUGCAACUGAGCCUUAAAAGGACUAAUUCUCUUUUUCUAAGGCACAGAGCUGCUAAAAUGUGGAUUAAUAGUGAACCUAACAGUCAGAGACAGGCAGCGUGCCCUUAACUAGUCUCUUCCUAAAGUUCCUUUAAUGUCCUUUUGAGACUUUGAGCCGUGGGACUUAUUUGUUCACCUGGUUAAGAACACAUGGCCACUGUGAAAAUCUUGGCUGGGGAGUCAAAGAAACUGAGUCUAGGGCAAACAAGGCUUCCCACACUUCCAGGGGAGCCUGACUGUGAAGUCUAGGCUCAGACAGCCUUCAACAAACCUAUUCACCUCCCCCAUCAUCCUAACCUAACCAUUCCCCAGUCAUCCCAGGAACAACCACUCACAGCCUGACACUGGGCAGAUUUUCUUGAAGAUCCUCAUCCAGGUGGUGGUUUUCGGAAGUGCUCCAGUAUUAUGAAUUCUGUGUGUGGAGAAAAGCAACCAUGUACUUACUGGUCAAUGCCUUCUUGUAUAUGUAAUUCAAUACUUUUAUUUCUAAUAUCUGUACCUUAUCUAAUCUUUGAAUUUUGUCAUAUAAUUUAUUGCUUCAUUAAAGUUACUUUUUGUUAUAUGAAAUAAAAGCUGAUAUCCAAGCUAUGGUGCACCUUGAUUUUUUUGUCCUUUGAAGUAUGGAUGACAGAAAAAUGUAUCAGGUUUAUUCAUCUCCUCUUUCUGUUGCAGGAUAAUUAAUUGUACAAUUACGUCACACAAAACAUUUAUAAUAAAGCCAUGCUUUAGAAUUGCA